AUGAAAGCGAUCGUUCUCAUCCAUACCAACUACAAGGGGAAGAAAGAAUACAAGGACGACUGGAAACCGCUGAGUAGCGUGGAGCUGGAUGCUUACAUUGGCUUGCUGUUGCUACAUGGAGUGAACCGCGAAUCCCGGACGGAUACCGUAGAGUUGUGGAAUCAGGCUCGAGGUCGACCUCUGUAUAACGCCGUAAUGUCUAGAGACCGGUUCAUGAAAAUUUCCAACGCUCUCAGACUUGAUGAUAAAAGAACUCGCGAAGAACGGCAAGAAACGGACAGAAUGUGUGCAAUUCGCGAGUUUUGGGACAGCUGGGUAUCAACACUCAAAAAUUCGUUCAAUCCCGGGUUCUAUGCUACUGUCGACGAGCAGCUAUACCCAUUUAGAGGACGCUGUGGUUUCAAAAUGUAUAUCAAGUCUAAGCCAGCAAAGUAUGGCCUCAAGUUUUGGGUGUUGGUUGACGUGGAGACCGGGUAUGUGUUGAACAUUCAGUUGUACACUAGGAAGCCCCCAGGGGGUGCACCGGAGAAGAACCUGGGGCAACGUGUUGUGUUGGAUCUGCUUUCCCAUUUGAGGUCGACCUCGGGGAUUAACGUGACUUGCGACAACUUUUUUACGGACACAAAAUUGGCGAACGAACUGCUGAAACGGAAUAUUACUAUAACUGGAACGUUGCGAAAGGAUAAGCCCGAAAUUCCGUACGAGUUUUUGCCCUGCCGCAAACGGGAACUCUACAGCGCCAAGUUUGGAUUUACUGAUGAUAUGACGCUGGUAUCGUAUGUGCCGAAAAUUGGAAAAGCUGUUAUUCUCCUCAGCACUUUGCAUCACGACAAAAACGUUUCGGAAGAAGCAGAAAUGAAGCCAGAGAUUAUUACUGAUUACAAUGCGACUAAAGCCGGAGUGGAUACUAUGGAUCAGAUGAUAGGUGAGUACACUGUACAUAGGAAAACCCGCAGGUGAACGAAAGCGGUGUUCGACAAUAUACUGGAUAUUACAGCGAUUAAUGCCUUGGUUAUUUGGAAAAAUCUUAACCCUGAUUGGAAUGCAAGAAAAAACCAUUCCAGACGUAUUUUUCUGACGGAACUCAGUGAAUCAUUGAUCCAUCCUUAUCUGAAAGAGAAGCUGCCAUCGGCACAUCGCCCAAUGAAGGUAUUCAUCUCCAAAGUUUUAGAAACUGUGGGUCGACCCAUCUAA